ACCAAAUCCUGUAUGGAAAGCCAGUAGAACUACCAUUCCGCAGUGCAGAUUUAAACCCAUUUCAUACCCUGUGGCUCGUCUAGUGGGAUAUACAUACAGGCGGAAUUGAAAAGGGAGACCGUUUUGGAUACCUCCGUGGCGUAUCAUACCAUAAAACCACCACCAUGAAGUUCUCCAUUAUCACUUUCCUCUCCUUAGCUGGAGGCAUUGUUGCUCUGCCUACCGCUCCGCUAGAAGCCCACGAUGAUCCAUCUCUUGCUCCGAUUACGUUGGUUGAUGGCCCCUCACAUUCAGAAAAUGUGACAUGCAAGGGGGAUAGUGAUACUGCCUCUUACUCUGGCGAGGACGUCUACGAAGCUGUUCAAUACGCCAUCUCGCUGAUGCAAAGUGGACAGACACGAGGCAAGGCCAAAUAUCCCCAUUCCCUCCACGCCAACUCGGGACAUCCUUUAAACUUCCCCGAGUCGUGCCCGGCGGACAAAAGCCGUUACGGAUAUCCGCUUGGCAAAGGCUUCUACUACAACGGUGGGCCAAGAAACCAAACCACCGGGAAUGAACUGGUGGUGUUCUAUCAUAAAGAUGACGAGAUUGAUACCCAGAAUCAUCCCAAGGCAUACUUUUGUGGUCUUGUCACACGCGGUGGAAGGGAUAAUGGUGAGUUCCGCAAUUGCUAGACUUAGGUCAUACUUUUCGUUUUAUGCAUAGGAGGUAUUUAUUGUAUAUCGUCACCAAGCGACCACAAAUGC